CAGAGGGAGAGUUGUGGGCUGCAGGGGAGGGACAGUGGCAGGGGUGAGGAAAGAGAAGUCAGAAGAGAAGUCUUCUUGUUCAGGUAUAACUCGCUGAGCAUGGUUUCAGUCAACCGGUCACCUCGUCGACACAGGGUGGGAGCUUUGAGGUUCUGCGUUAUGCCAUGAUAUGAAGUGAGGACAUUCUGAGAUACAGCAACACCUAGGAGGACUUGUACAACUUCCUAAAAUGUGAUGGAUCCUUUUCAAAGGCAAAAUGGAACAAUCCAGAGACAAGAUGCAAGCGCCACUGACCUCCCCAUGCCUCUUAAUGAGGAUCUACAUGGAAUGCACCUUUAUGAGUACAUUGAAGUCUUUCCCGAAGAUAAUGAAACACAUUUGUAUGAGCGCACCUUGACUGGGCUCAUAUCCCCAACUGAAACCCAACCCCAACCCCAACCCCAACCCCGAGGCCAUCUGUGGAGUCAUGGGGGCGAAGGCCCUGGGAAUACCGACCGCCAAAGCACAAAUGGGCCUCGUCCAGUCCGUGGUCCUCCCCUUCCACUCAGAACCAGGCUUCCUAGUGCAUGUUUGCCAGGUAGACAAAGCCGUGAACCCCCUCCUGUUCCCCCCAGGAUGCGAGUACCCCUCAGCAACAGCAAAAAGCCGUUUUCCUGUGACCCCACUGAGCCUGCUCACAAACUGAAUCGUUCCAGGACAGAAAUACACAAUCAUGACCCAUGGGCCAUAAAACUAAUAGACACACCGCAAGGCAGCACCAAGAGGCUGGCGUCUUUUUGUGCUGCAAUUUCCAAGCUGAUGUCACGGUACAAGCACUCAGACAGAGUUCAUAACACAGGUGUGGUAUGGGGUAGAGUGUUACCAAUCCACCCUGCCCUGCUGCAGCAGGUGGAGGUGAAUAUCAGUGUGGCCACUGAGUGGGACAAUCACCAGCUGCCCUUCCCCACCACAGUGAACAGGACAGUGAAGAGUCUGAUUGAUGAAAUCUUCCAUCUGCUGGACCUCACUCCUGGCACAAGUGGAAAUUAUGUUUUAAAACUGUGCGACUCUGAGGAGUAUCUCCAAAAUGAAGAACUGCUGGGUAUGCAUGAGACUAUUCAGAUCUACUACAAAUUUAAUCUAGUAGUCCCCCUCCGACUGCUCCACGUGAACAACCUCAAACACUGUCUGGCCAGGAAUGGGGAGGACGACAGAACCCCAUGCCAACUGUACCAUCUCCUUCGUCCUGCCUGUGUCUUCAACACCUGCAAGUUGAGCCUGCAGGAUUUGCUCAUUAGCUACAACAGAGAGGUGACAGAGCUACUGAGAAAUAAGUCUGGGAUGAACAUUAAUGUGCUUGUGGGCUGUGCUCGCACCAUCAGCAAUCUUCUGUGUGGGCUCUCGUGUCAGGAGUUAGAGGACACAGUUGGCAGGCUCAAUAGAAUCAAUCCCAUAACUCUGAGUCAUGAUGAGAUGUUUGAGUGUGAAACUGCCGUGAUCAUGCUCCACAAUGCGAUGCUUAAAUUGCUGCAGAUCUUUUUUGACAACUUCCAGUCAGACUUCAGAGGUCAGGAGGUAACCAGCAGCCCGCAAACCCAUGACGUUGAGGACAACACUGAAAUCCUCCAAUUCAAUAUUGCUGCUCUCUACCAACUACAACUCACCUGGAUGACCAAUUAUGAGUGCUUCUCUAUUUCCUGUGAGUUGUCAUAUGGAAGAACGAAGAUCUGUGACACUGGCACUUCUGAAAACAUCAGCACCGCCUUGUCAUACGAAAACAAGAUCCAGUGUAACCGCAUGAUGGUGUUCCCUGUUCCAGUAAAUCAGCUACCAUAUGAGUGCAUGUUGACAUUUUGCCUCAAGGGCUCCAAGCGAGGCAGGAGCCCUGAGCUUUUAGGCUGGGCUGUACUACCUCUGUACAGUGGCAGGACUCUGGUAAUGGGGACUGUUCUGCUCAGUAUGUCUACACUGGCUGAGCUGCCUGCUCCUCCCUCCCCUGCCCUGUUUGACAGCCACAGACAAGCCAUCGGAGUUAUACUGCAGCUCCAGUUUCAAGAUCAGGUUGAGUGGAAGUAUCAGAGGCCCAUCGCACUCCCCGGUUCAGUCAUAUUUACUCAGCCUUGUGAGGAAUUGCAAAAGAAAAUGUUGGACGUCUCUAAGAAGCACUGCCUCUGCUUUCUAACACAAAAUGAGAAGGGUUUCCUCUGGAGUAAGCGUUACAGUAGUGAGAAAGGAAGUACUUUCCUCCAUCUGCUGCUGGGUGGAGCCCCCCGGUGGCAGCCUCAAGACUUGACAGAAAUCUAUACUGUUGUAGAGAACUGGCCUAUCCAUCUACCUGAGGAGGCCCUCUUCCUGCUCAGUGACAGUUUUCAUGAUCAGACUGUGCGGAAGGCUGCAGUUCACUACAUUGAACAGAUACCAGAUGGAGAGCUAGAGGUGUUUCUGCCACAGUUGGUCCAGGCUCUGAAGAGUGAGUGGGAGUUGGAUGGACCUCUGGUGAUGCUGCUGUUGGAGAGAUCACUGAAGAACAUACGGAUUGCCCAGCAACUCUACUGGCUGCUGGAGGAUGCCCACAAUGACCCCUACUACCAAAGUUGGUUCAGUAAGGUUCAGGCUGCACUGCGGUACUGUUGUGGUCGGGCAGUGAGGCAGGAGCUGGAGCAUGAAACCCGCCUGGUGUCUGUGCUUGUACAGGUGGCUGAGAAGGUUCGCACUGCCGAAAAGGCUCAACGCAAGAAUGUUUUGAACAAAGAGAAGUGGAAGAUAGAUCACUUCUUCAGAGAUGGGAUCAGCUGUUGUCUGCCACUGGAUCCUGCAGUCCGUAUAAAGGCAUUGGACGUGGAAGCCUGUAAGUUCUACAACUCCAAUGCUGCUCCUCUGGGGAUCUCUUUCAUCUGCUCUGACCCUCUGGCCAAGAACGUCAGUGUCAUCUGCAAGACAGGAGAUAACCUGAGUCAGGACAUGCUGGUUCUUCAGAUCGUCCGUGUGAUGGACAGGGUUUGGCUCCAGGAGGGGCUGGACCUGCGAAUGAUCACCUACAGGUGUCUUUCUACGGGCAGAGCACAGGGCCUGGUGGAAGUGGUUCCAGAGGCAGUGACCCUAGGGAAUAUUCAGCAGGAGUGGGGUCUGGGUGGCACCCUUCGAGAAGACACACUAGAGAAAUGGUUCCACAUGUGGAACAAAACUAAGGAGGACUAUGAGAAGGCUGUGAUGAACUUCAUCCACUCGUGUGCAGGGUGGUGUGUGGCCACCUUCAUCCUAGGGAUCUGUGAUCGCCACAAUGACAAUAUCAUGUUGAAACACAGUGGACACAUGUUUCACAUCGACUUUGGCAAGAUUAUGGGCAAUGCACAGAAGUUUGGAAGCUUUAAAAGGGACCGAUCACCAUUCAUCUUUACAUCUGAGAUGCAGCACUUCAUCACAGGUGGGGGACAGAAGCCUCAGCGCUUCCAUCGAUUUGUGGAGCGCUGCUGUGAAGCUUACAACAUAAUCAGAAAGCGCUCUGCACUGAUACUCAGCUUGUUGGAGCUGAUGCUACGUGCAAGAAUGCCAGAACUGAAGGACACUAAUGACCUGAAGUAUGUCCAGAACAACCUCAGACCCCAUGACACAGACCUGGAGGCUACAUCCUACUUUACAAAGAAGAUCAAGGAAAGCAUGGGCUGUGUUGCAGUCAAGUUUAACUUCCUGACACAUAGCAUGGCUCAAGGGAAGAAACAACAACCACUAACCCAGGACAGGAUCCCCACUCCCAGCACCAACAUCCAAGAAGCUGUCAUCCAGAGAUACAGCAGCAGGGGAAAAGAAGUGAUCUAUGACCUGAGAGUAACCAUUGAUGAUGGUUUUCUGAACAGUGAGAAGACAUUUGGGCAGUUUGAGCUGAUCCAUAAGCAGCUGCAGAAAUACUUCAUUGAAUCUAUGCUGCCUCAGUUUCCUAGCUGGUUUAAUAUGUCAUUCACCCCAGGCAGGAGGAUGUCUCUGCUGAAUAAAUACCUAAAACAGCUUUUUGAAGGACCGUGCAAGGGAAAUGAAUUUGUGUGCAGCUUGUUCCUGGAUGGCCCCAGCACAGUCCAAGACAGUGUGGUGACAGGAGCCCGUCCUCAGAUCCAGCUCUACAUUUCUUACUCUGACUGUAAGCUCUCGGUCUUGAUAAAACACCUGAAGAACAUUAAGCAGACAAACGGCUCUAACCCUGAUGCCUACGUGGUCACGCGUCUGAGGCCGGACCCUCAGCAGCGAUCCAAGAAGAAGACAAUGGUGGUCCGCAAUAAUGACAACCCCACCUUCAAUGAACUGCUGGAGUACAGUUAUGUUCCACUGAUGUAUGGGAUGGUGCUGGAAGUGACAGUAAAGAGCAAGAAGACUUUUGUGGCCGCAACCAAUAUUAAACUGGAGGAGGAGUUGCUUGACAAGGAGCUCUGGUUUCCCCUUGGGAACUGUGCAAUCUGACCUCAGAGAGCUGCACUAUAGAUCUGCUGCCAGCAGGGGGUGCAACCACAUUGAGGGAAAGAAUCAAUCCAAAGAUUUCUCAGACUGCAUGAGUGAGACAAAUUCACCUGAGCAGAGGAACUGUGCACUCUCAAUUAUACCUAUUUAUCAGACACAACUCAGCCUCACUCCAGAGCUAAAUAUACUGGCAGUGGAUGGGGUAUUUGGAUGAAGUUACAAGGCUGAGUAAAAGACUCAGGGAAGGAGACUGUUUACUGUGUGAAACAUCAUUUAACUUUUACGUUUAUUUUUAAAUGUUAAUCAAAUGAAGGACAUUUGCUAAUUAGUUAGAUUUCUGAAUGAGGCCUUGGUUAUGGAUGAAGGAAAGAAACUAUUACUUUUUUUAAUCAUACUUGCACUUUCGUUUUACUUUGUUUUCUUCACUGUGAGUCAAAACAGUCCUUGUGUAAAUGUGUGUGUGUGUGGUCGAGACUGUCGAUGUGACAGAUUACAGAGGAGGUGAUGCAGUGCUGUUAGGAGCUGCCUGCCUGAUACCUGCCCAGAUUGAGUUUGUUUGUCCCUUUGGGCUAACUGGAUGUCCUUGACCAGUGGAAUUGGAGGCGGGAGGCAGGAGGGUGAGGGAGCGGGGAGAGGGGUGAGGAGAGUGUGUGAGCAGGAUGACAACUCUGCCUCUCUGGCCUGAGGGGCUGAGUUAACACUCUCCCCCUCACUCCAUUCUUUGUCUUAUCCAUCAGUGGCAUUCAAACACAGUUAUGCACAUGCAUGCACAAACACGCAAAGGCAGACAUUCACAUGUCCACACAAAUACCCCUGAAAAAGCACCUCCACACACACACUUUCUAGGCCAAGGCAGGUCUUCAUGUUAUCUCAAUGCCAUCCUCCUCCUGACAGGCCCGCUGACCCGUACUCUCCUCUGCCUCAUUCAUAGGAUUUUGUGAUGAACAAAGAUAAAAAUAGACUGCCCUGCACUUGAUUUGGUUCAAUAAUGUAUACCUCUGUGAAUUAUAUUUAUAUUAUUCCCUGCUGAGUCUUACAUGGAGCCAGGCUGGGAAGAAAAUGCUGGCUGCUACUCUUUCAUAGUAUUCAUGGAGUAUUAAUGCAUCACUCAUCAGUUUCAGACCUAAAGGAAGAAUUACAUCUAUUGUAUUGGCAUAGAUGAUUAAUCCAAAAACAACACUGUGUCUCGUGGUUGGGUAAGAUCCUCUUGUGUGUGUUCAACUCUAUCACAAUAAUUGUACUUGCAUCAAUUAUUGGUUCUAUGAUAAGAAUCUAAUAUUCUACUCCAGGGAUUUCUCCACUGCUUGGGUGAUGCGAGCAGAGUUAUUCUUUGUUAGAGUGUCUUUUCAGCUCUGUUGGAACCUUCUGGUCUUUUCCUCUGCAGCACACAGUGCAGGCAGUAGAGAAAAGGCACAUCUAUUUUCUGACAAUAAAACUGGUAUUUAUAUCUGA